UGUUGGUAAAACCAUUCUCGAAUCCUCAGAAGACAAGCAACACGUCAGAAAACAAAGGAUUGGUGGAUGUUCUAAGUAAAAGACCAAUCACACCAAGAUUUGAUCCCCUUGCCCCAGGAGCGCUUGUCAUGCCCAGACCCAGUGCAACACAUCAGGUGCGUCGUGGUUGUCAAUCUUGUCAUUGUGUUUUUGGCCUGUUCCCUUUAAAGGGAAAUAGCAAUAUCAAUUUUUAUUUUCUCAUUUCAAAGAACUUUUGAAACUAUAUUAACUUCUUUUACCGAUUUUUCACUAUAUCUUGCUUAAUUCUUGAAAUAUUUCUGGGGUUUUUCUCUUGGGUCCGUUUUUGCAAAGAAGAUUGAGUUUAGCUGAACAGCUGGGGUGGCUGCACCCCCCCCCUACCGGGGGGGGGGGGCUGGCACCUGUACUCAAUAAAUCUAGUUGAGACGGAAUGUGGUAAAGCAGGGGCACUAAGGGACACUAUAAACUGGUUAAAGAUGGCGAUUGCAUAGUUUUUCUUGUGUUGUGAGAUGAAUUCCAGCCAUUUUUUCUUAAUUGUCGGGUUUCCAACUGAAGACUAAUUUCCACACGUCACGAAUUUAACUAAAACAACUUCAUUUUUACUGCACUGAAACUUUGGUGAGAAGAUUGAGUUUCAAAACUCAAUUCAAGAUUGAGUUUUUGGGGCCGUUUACUAAAAAAUCCCUGGAAAAACCCCCUGAUAUUUUCACUUGAAGUAGUGAGAUGUCCGUCAUCUAACUAGGAAAAUUAAUUGAGCAUAAUUCAAGAUUAGUGAACUCUCAAUGUUGUUAUCAUUAAAUAUGUUAAAAAAAUGUUAAAAACAUUGAGAUCACUGAUCUUCAAUUAUGCUUAAUUGAUUUUCUUACUGUUAGUUUUUUCAAUUCAAAGGGUAGUAAUGCGACUUAAAACCCAUCAUUCAAAAGGCUGAACUGUGCCCUUAACGUUAAUUCCUUUCAGUUUGAGCACAACAAGAAACAACUGAGUGUCGUCGACGUAGUAGUGGAUCCUUAUGUCGCCAAUGCACUGCGACCUCAUCAAAGAGAAGGAGUCACAUUUCUAUAUGAAUGUGUGAUGGGGUUACGAAGCUUCGUUGGAAAUGGAGCUAUUUUGGCGUAA